AUGUUAGAGAAGAAUAUAGUAACAUUGGAUGGUAUUAGUGAAGACCAAACUCGAACUGUUACUUUAUGUUUUGGAUCGAAUGUGAAAGUUAUUCGAACACUUGGUUUGCUUCGAAUGCACGAUCUAUUGAGUAGGGACACCCUUCGACAAUUCAGUUUAAUUGUUUCACCAGAAGAUUGUGUGUUCACAUUUGGUGAUCCUGAUGAACAAGAAUUAUCUGAAGAGGAUAUGAAAAAAUUGGUCGAAGAGUUUCCUCAACCAAUACAGUGUCGAAUAUGGCUAAAAGUUCACAUUCAUCAAUAUGAUAUUCAACGAGAUAUUGUCAUAAAAAUUAAAGAAGAUACUAUUACUGUGGAUCAAAUAUUGCACAUGCACGAAAUACCCAAUGAAGAUUACAAAUAUUUAGCUUCUAGCGAUAGAAAUGCAGUUAUUGCUGAUGACCAAAAGUUUGUUGAUUUGAAUGAAACAAAAUUCAUUCUUCUUAAAGAAAAUGAAACAUGUUGUGUUUCAAUUGGUGAUUUAAAUAAAGCACAAGAAGAUGGUUAUUCUAAACGAUACGCAAAAUUCGCAACUAUUGCCGAUGUCUUGAAAGAUAGUAACGUUGAUGCUGAUUGUCUUCUCUGUCUCAACGAUAUUGCUCCUUCAAAAGACAUUAAAUUGGCUUUACUUCCAUCACCAAUUCAAUUUCAAAUUAUCAAGGACGACUUACUAGCACUCGUUACUGUUACCAAUCCGGAGCAAGAAAAUUGUUCCAUUCAGUUCAAAUGUUCAAAAUCAAUUACUACAGGAAGGGUAUUCGAAAUUUCAUGUCAAUUACUAAAUACCAAUACAAGCUACUAUCAACUUAAUGAUGAAUCGAGCGAAAUAGAUUAUGAAUUAACUCUCGAAGAUCUCGAGUCAUCUUCCAGUAAUUUUCACUUUAACUUAGUCUCUAUAUUUGAUAUGACAUGCUAUAUACGAUACAAAAGUGAAAUCUUUAAACUACCGUGUUCAAAAUCAACAGCGUUUAAAGAUCUUGUAGAGGAAAUGUUUCGAAAGCUUCAUAUUUCUGAAGAAGACAUCGAUCAGUUUCAAGUAGAACAGAUUUUAAAUGAUAAUGAGACAUCAGCAAUCGAUAUGGAUCUAACGAUUGACGAUAUCCUUGCAGCUGAUUCUGGAAAUCCAGACACAAAACAAAAUCGUUCUUAA